AUGGCAAUGUUUUCCAUUCCGUGGGUUUUUACCUUUGGCAUUCUAGGUAAUAUGAUCUCCUUUAUGGUCUUUCUUGCUCCAGUGACAACAUUUUAUAAGGUGAUCAAGAAGAAAUCAACUGAAGGGUUCCAAUCACUCCCUUAUUUGGUUGCGCUUUUCAGUUCCAUGCUGUGGCUAUACUAUGGUUCACUUAAGUCCGGUGCUUACCUUCUCAUCACCAUCAACUCAGUUGGUUGUGUCAUCGAGACCAUUUAUGUUGCAAUUUACAUUGCUUAUGCACCAAAGACAGCCAGGAUUUCAACUUUCAAGAUACUUGUUUUAUUGAACUUUGGGGGAUUUUGGCUGGUUCUUCUUUUAUCCCACUUCUUAGUAAAAGGAUCCACCCGAAUCCACCUACUUGGAUGGAUUUGUCUUGUCUUUUCUGUGAGCGUAUUCGCAGCACCUUUGAGCAUUAUGACACAGGUGAUACGCACCAAGAGUGUGGAAUUCAUGCCAUUUUCGCUGUCAUUUUUCCUCACACUAAGCGCUAUUGUGUGGUUCUUUUAUGGUUUACUACAAAAAGACUACUUUAUCACGCUUCCAAAUAUUAUUGGUUUCAUCUUUGGGGUACUUCAAAUGGUUCUGUAUGUGAUAUACAACAAGAAAGAAACAGAGGAGAAACUAGCUACUACUACUACUACUCUGAAGCCAAGCACCACCAAGACUUGUGAGAUACUUCCAGUAUGUUCCAUGCCUAGCUCUGAUGAAAACCAUACUGAUCAUAUCACAGAUGCUUCCUUUAAUGUUUAA